GGACAGGGUGUGAGUACGUGCUCAAUGACCUGAAGUGAAAUGCAGAAUUUUUUUUUUUGUGGGUGGACACUAAAUUAAAGCUACACUUAUAAAAAUUACAAAACUCAUUGAAGGUCAGAUCUUGAUAGACUGAAAGCUCUGAUAUAAUCUUUUCAUCUGCACACAAAUAAAGAACAAGUGUCACUGGACCUGUCCUCAUAUAAAAGAUCAGCAUGGGCGACUGGGGAUUCCUCUCCAAGCUUUUAGACAAAGUGCAGUCUAACUCAACCAGUAUUGGGAAAGUGUGGCUGACGGUUCUUCUGAUCUUCAGAAUAAUGGUUCUUGGAGCUGGACUGGAUAAAGUCUGGGGAGAUGAACAGUCCAGUAUGGUCUGCAACAUCAAAACUCCUGGUUGCUUGAACGCGUGCUACGACCAUGUCUUCCCCAUUUCCCACAUGCGAUUCUGGGUGCUCCAAAUCAUCUUUGUGGCCACGCCAAAUCUGGUCUACCUUGGCUAUGUUCUGCACGUCAUCCACAAGGAAAACAAACUGAGGCAGCAUUUACAAAACCAGGAAGAGAAACGUGGGGUAAAACUGCCCAAAUACACUGAUGACAAAGGGAAGAUUUAUUACAAAGGGAGCCUGCUUUGUUGCUAUAUGUUGAGUCUCAUUGUCACCAUUUUGUUUGAAGCAGGGUUCAUUGUGGCCCAGUACUAUUUAAUCGGCCUUUGGAUGCCUGCACAGCUAGAAUGUAAGGUAGAUCCUUGCCCUGCAGUCGGUCUGCAUUGUUUUACAUCCCGCCCAACUGAAAAGACCGUCUUCAUUGUCUUCAUGCUUGUUGUGGCGUGUGUGUCUUUAGCUUUAAAUCUAGGAGAGAUAUUCUAUCUGAUGGGUCGUAGAGGCGAACACAAGAGGAGGACAUCUGCAGUGGCUGAGAUGCAGAAAUCAACCCCCACUGAGAUAUUUUGUUGAAUGUAACUGUAUGAAAUGACAUAUAUCCCUUAAAGCUUACUGUAUCUACUAACUUUGCAUUGUCAGCACUUUUUACUUGUUUAAUAAACCAUCAUUUUAUUUAAGUUUAAGGAAACAAAUGAUGCAAAUGAUUUUCUCUAAUCCAAUUUUAUGUUUACAUCUACUAUAAAAAUUAUGCAUAUGUUUAUACCUAUAAUACCAGGGGUUGUAGCAAUUAAUAUAAACCCACACAAAUACAAAUUGCCACACAUUCUGAGAGAUUAUUACUUUUCAAAGACCCCCGGAUGUCUUCAGUCCCACUGUAACUGCAGGGUGGUACCUUUUCAGAAGGUAGGCUACACCUUUUUUUUUUUACCAUAUUAUGCUAUAAAAUUCUAUAUUCUACCAUAUUUAUCCAUAAAGAGUGUGUUAAAUGUUCAUAUUAGUAUCUACACUCUUAAAAAAUAAAGGUGCUUAAAAGGUUCUUAACAUCGAGGCCAUAGAAAGAACCAUUCCGUCAAAGGCUUUUUAAAGAACCAUCUCUUUCUUACCUUUUUAUAAUCUGAAGAACCUUCUUUCGCAAACAAAAAACCUUUUGUGAAACACAAAGGUUCUUCAGAUGGUAAAGGUUCUUUAUGGAACCAUUUAGACAAAAAGGUUCUUCUAUGGCAUUGUGUAGCACCUUUACUUUUAAGAGUGUAAAUGGUACGUUUUAGUACCUAAAUGGUUCAGUAUACCUUUUAUAAGGUAGGCCUACCACCCAGUGACAGAUUUUGUACUUUUUUUAAUGAGAGGGCAGCAAUUCAGCCAUUAUUGUAAACAUAUUUACUGUGAACAUGUCGUGUGCAAAUAUAAAUAAAACAUCAACCAAA